AUGGAGUCUACAACACGUCCCAUCCUGAGCCCCUCAAAAGCGCUCUAUCCGGUGUCGCCGGAACGCAUGAAUCAACAAACCAUACCCGCCUCUCCCUCACUACCUUCCGAUCUCCUCACACUACAUCACAAGAGCACUCGAGGUGUUUCAGAAGUACAAGCUAAAGUGGCGUUUCUAAACGGCCUCUCUCGAGGAGGUAGCCCUGCCAACUCUGCCGCAAGCAAUGCCGCCCUACAACGGGCUAUCCUAGGCCGCGAGGAAGCAGAGUCUGCCCUAGCCAUUGCACAAGAAGAGUUUUCAGAAGCACAGACACGAGAACGCCGGAUCAGUGAACGCCUUGAGUCGUUACUGGAAGAGCUACAUGGUACGAAAGAACGCCAGGCCCACGAACGGUCAAUUUUUGAAAAGGAAAUCAGAAAAGCCCGCAAAGAAGCUUUUCGAGCUGGAUCGACCUUGGUCAAGCUUCAAGAAGAAUUGAAACACGCGAAAUCAGAGGUCAGAGCACUGAAAGAUGAAGUGGGAGCAGAACGCGAGGCGAAGGACAAGGCCAAACAGGAGGCGUUCGAACGCGCCUAUGCUCUCGCUGGUCUUACAGAAGAACUUCAAGUCCUGAAAGAGAAAUUCCGUGCCCUGGAAACAGAGAACCACUCGAGCACCCUCGAAGUCCGCGCCCAUGAGAUUCGGAAAGAAGACUUCGGGCGACUGUCAAUAGCAGAGGGCGACCUCGCGUUUUUGACUACUCCACGCAGAACGAAACGAGCUGCUGCGGGAUCUGUUCGAUCCCCUGCCCCGGCACGUGAAGAAGACCACGUAGAAGCCACUCCUCCCAAACGCCCACGUUUGUCGGACUGUGUACAUAAGACAGAGAGUGAACAACCCGAAUCGGAGACGGUAGCGGAACUGAACGCGGAUCUUUUGGAGGAGAUGAAAGAAGAGUUAGUCUACGAGCGUCGCCGCAGAGUCGCAGCCGAAGAUAUGGUGCAUUUCCUGAACAUCGAGUGCCAGUUUGAACGCUGCUCUUGCAGGCUUGCUGAGAGCCAAGGUCGUCGCUACAUUUAUGAUGCUGAUUACUAUAACAAAUUCCAAAAGCCUCAGAUCGAGGCGGAAGAGAAAGCUCGUGCUCAGCAAGCCAGCGUUCAACAAGCUAGUGUCCACCAAGCCCAUCCUCACCCAGCCAGCACCCCCUCGGCUAGCCCACCCCCUCCUCCACCCCCCGUCCACCGAUCUCCUGUUCAUCAGACCACCGCUCCCCAGGUGCUGUCUCUUCAACAUAGCAUCUACCAGGAAGAACACGAGCCAAGCCGUACCCCUCUGGCCGCGCCACCUGUUCCUGUCCACCAGCACACCGCACCUACCGUGAAGGCCGAACCUAUAGAUCUCCACAAGAUGCAGAUGCCAGCUGAGCCCCUAAUUACAUUUUCUCCAGAGACUGGCACAUUCACGGCAUUCCCAUCUCCUCUCCGAGACAACGUCAGACCUCCGCGGUUGGAUUUCUUCAGCACACCUGAUCUCGCCGGGGCUCAGCCGGGUGUCCACAAAGGUCAAGAUGAUGCCUCUGUAUCACCAGACCAACAGGUCGACUCGCUCACGCCCUCUGGGGAGCCAGCUCGGGCUAGAAUGCCCCGUCCCGCCCCAUCUGAUGGUGCCGCCGAACAUACUUGUGCACCACUUUCCGCAGCGGCCAAUCCGUCAAGAUGUGUCGAGAGAAAUCCCCUUGGAUACCGCCAGCCCAUCAACCCCCCGAAGAGAGCUCCGUCCCGACAAGUGCCACAGGCACAGCGUACUUCGCACCCUGGCGUUCCCGAUACACCAAUUGACCGUGAACAAGCACUCGCACAGAUUAGGGCGCGACGAGGCCGUACGCAUAGCAAGCAGCGAUCAGUCAGCGCCAGCGAGCCUGGCCGUGCAGCUCGCGCCUCAGCGGGAUUGAACCCGACCCCUGUUCGGGGACCUCGACGUCUUCCCAACUCCAAUCUUCGGGCUGAUUCGAGGACCGAGAACGAACUCGGUGAACGCCGAGAUAUGAGUGCUCCUGUUCGGAUGUUCCGACGUCAAGGAAUGCCCAGGGAUUAA